GUUCCGCCAUGCUAGUCAUCGCCGUGCGGAUAUCUGCUAUUGACACUGUAUUUCUCCCUAGAGCUGCGUCGCUCGUCCAAUGACAUGCCAGUCGCGUCGUGUCCUCUUUGCUGCUUCGCCAAAUCUUAUCGCCUCUUCGUCUACUCACCAACGUCCAUCUUUUGAGCCUUUCCUUAUCUCGACGCCGAAUCGCGUACCCAUCGGUUAGAUCCUGGUUUCUCUUCUUUUCCUUUUGAUCUCGGGCGCCUAUCGGAAUUCAGCAUCUUGUCGCUGCCAUCAGGGCAUACAGCAACCAAUAUGCCGCUAAACGUCUUUCGCAUCGCCGCGGAUUUCUCGCAUUUAGCGAGUAUCCUCAUCCUGCUGCGCAAGAUGGUGCAGCUCAACAGCUGCUCGGGCAUCUCUUUCAAGUCGCAGGGGCUGUAUCUGCUGGUCUACCUUACCAGAUACCUCGAUCUCUUUUCGACGGAGAGCUACUACAACAUCGUCUUCAAGAUCCUCUUCAUAAGCUCGCAAGGGUACAUCAUCUACCUCAUGACCAACGCUUACAAGCCUACAAACGACGUCAACACCGAUACGUUCCGUGUGCAGUACCUCCUCGGCGCCGCCGCUGCUCUCGCCCUCAUCUUCCCUUACCACUACACCCCGUCCGAAAUCCUAUGGGCCUUUUCCAUUUGGCUGGAAUCUGUGGCCAUUCUCCCGCAGCUGUUCAUGCUGCAGCGCACAGGCGAGGCCGAGACCAUCACUGCCAACUACCUGUUCGCUCUCGGAAUCUACCGCGCGCUUUACAUUCCCAACUGGAUCUACCGCUACAUCGCGGAACCCAAGCAUAAGGUUGACUGGAUCGCCAUUGUCGCUGGUAUCAUUCAGACCAUUCUGUACAGCGACUUUUUCUACAUUUAUUACAACAAGGUCCUCAAGGGCAAGAAGUUUAAGCUGCCUGUCUAAAGGCGCAUACUUCACUCGGCACUUCAUAUAAAAUGGGGCCCCGAGAUACUUUCCUUGUGAUUUAGUCCGGAUGAAAUCAUCACUCUACGAUAUGGCCGACGGUAAAAAUCUCCAGGGGGGAUUACGGCAAUGGUAGAUGGCUGCGAAAAGGUGAACUCCACAGCUACGGAAAAGUUACAAGAUCAAAAAAUAGUGUUCAAGAAGGCAAAUGAUUGCAUUGGCGGCGUUUGAUGGUGUGCUCGGUUUGACGGCAGUCAGGUAAUUGGCGUCAUCUCUUGAUAUGAGGAUUUACGAGUCUGGGCCAUGUAUGUUGUGGACAUGAAAAAAUAGAGGGCAAUCAAUUGACU